AUGCAGAAGGCCGGUGGCAACUCAAAGGCGCGAGGCCGCAAGCUGAUGGCCUUAUGCAUUGGUGGCUUUUUACUCUAUGCGGGCGAACAAGCUCGUGCGACCGAUGUUGCAGGACUUCUGGGCAGGAAGCUGAGCACAAAUACAGAACCAGUCGUAUCGAGCAGCGUUGCCACUUGCGAGCUCGAAACGUCAAAAAUGACAAAUGGGAAGGCGACGCCGACUAGCAUCUCACUGUUCGAGGGCAGGCUGACGGCCGUCUUGAAGUGCAGAGGAGCCGGAAAUGCUGUCGUGCCGAGCGAGGAUGGGAAAGUCUGUGUUGCGCAUGAAAAAUCAGUGAACGCCUGCGCAACUGCAGGCGGCGAAAAACAGGAGGCGCUGAACGUUCUUCUCGGGUCCGACACUCCUAUCACAGCAGUCAAGAGACCUCUCACCGAGAAGUCUGCCACAGGACAAGAGUGGACCUUGCAUCUGAAGAGGUCACAGCUUCCUCGUUCCGACAAGUCCUUCUUCGUGGGCUGCCAAACAGAAUCCGGCAACAACGACUCGAGUUGCAUGCUGGACGUAAAUGUGAAAGCAAAAGCAUCCUCUGUUCAAAAUAACGUCGUCACCUGCGCCUACGGCGCGGCAAGCAACGGCGAAGAACCCUUGACUGUGGACAUGACCCAAGAGAACAACAAACUGACAAUCGAUUGUGGCGACGAAGGCUCCCUCAAGCCUGCAGGUUUCAAUAAUUUCUGCACGUCUGACGACAAGGACCUGGAGACUUGCUCGAAACAGUUCGUUGAGAUGUUCCCGAACUUUCAGAAGAGCUGGUGGCAGACGACCGACGCUGAGGGGAGUCCGGCAACUCUUACCAUUCCUCCGAGUGACUUCCCUUCCGAAGAAAAACAGUUCCUGUUGGCUUGCAAGCAUCAGAAAACCUCAACAGUACCAACUGGGAGAGAUACUGAGGCACCGACCGGGGCAGAUGCUGGGGAACACUCGACUUGCAAGGUGUUGGUGACUGUGAAGGCUGCAAGCUCGCCUACGUCUUCGACGCCCGCACUGUCGAUGGCAGCCGGUUUGUCUGGAGGUGCUCUGUCGGCAAGUUUUAUUGCGGGUUCGUUAUAG